AUGGAUCCCUCUAAGGCACCCAGUAAGGAGAAAGAUGACAAUAUGAAGGUUGAGUCAGGACCAGGAUCUAAUACGGAGGGGGAUGACCAACGAAAGACAUAUGGAGCAACUCGAGGACAGGAAACAGAAUAUGUUGCUUUGCGAACAGUCCCAGUCAUUGUAAAGAAUGGAAACAAGAGGAUUCCUGUAAACUGUCUUUUGGACGAAGGCAGUGAUACGAGCUAUAUUAACGAAGAUGUUAUUGAGGCUUUGGGGUUGCAUGGAGCUAAAACGGAGAUUAAUGUGAAAGUGGCUAAUGAUGAAACAGUCACUUUUAUGUCAUCAACAUUUGAUGUCGGGUUGGAAAGUACUGAUGGUCGCGUGGACACCACAAUAACAGUGCAAUCGUCAAAGAAAAUUUGUGGUGGUAUGAAACCAGUCAAUUGGAUAAAGAUUAAACACAACUGGCAGCAUUUACAGAAGAUUUACUUUCCAAAACUAGUAACUGGACGACGAGUGGAUAUUCUCUUAGGAGCGGAUCAUCACGAACUGAUGUAUUCAAUGAAAGAAGUAGUUGGAGAGCAUGGUCAACCAUCAGCAAGGCUCUGUCCACUCGGGUGGACAGCGGUUGGAAAAGUGAAUGGUAUUGAAUCGAAUGGAUCCCAUCAUACUGGGUUUCAUCACACGUAUUUGUUGAAUCAAGACAAGCCAUCGAUUGAAGUUCAUCAAACAGAUAGGAAUCUUGAUGACAUGCUUAAGCGGUUUUGGGAUUUAGAGAACAUUGGAAUCACACACAAAGAAUUUCCCAUUUUAGAGAUGACACCAGAUGAGAAACUUGCUUGGACAAAAGUGAGUGAAUCAGUGAAGUUCAACGGGCAGCACUAUGAAGUAGCAGUUCCUUGGCGCGAUGGUCGACCGAAGCUUGCACCUAAUAGUUCAUUGGCGAAGCAAAGGCUCGAUUCUACAGAACGAAAGUUACUCAAAGAUCCAGAAUUGGCAGUGGCUUAUCAGGGAGUCAUUAACGAAUAUUUAGAGAAAGGAUAUAUCAGACAAGUGCCCUCGGAUGAACCGAAACCAGAAUGUGAGUGGUUGUUGCCUCACUUUCCUGAUGUGCGACCGGACAAGAGCACAACAAAAGUUCGAAUUGUUUUCGACGCAUCGGCAACUUGCGAAGGGAAGAGCCUGAACACAAAAUCCCUACCUGGUCCUAAACUGCAAAGUGACAUUGUGGACAUAUUAGUGAAAUUUCGCAAGGAUCCCGUGCUUUAGUCGGAGAUAUUAGCCAAAUGUAUCAUCAGUUGGUUCUCCUGCCAGAAGAUAGACCUUUGCACCAUGGCAACAACACGCAGAACGACACGCUGACGAAUUACCCUUAGCCGCCGAAGCAGUUGGAAAAAAUUGUUACAUGGAUGAUUUGAUGCCAUCAGUCGAAAGUUCAUCACAAGCGAUUGAAACUCGACAGCAAUUGACAACGUUAGGAGAUAAAGCAAAAUUUCACAUUCGUAAGUGGAUUUCGAAUCGUCGCGAAGUGCUAGAAGAUAUUCCGGAAGAAGAUCGUGCAUCACAAAUCAACCUCGACCUGCAUGAAUUGUCAAGCGUGAAGACCCUCGGAAUUUCGUGGACUGCAACGGACGAUCAGUUCUCGUUUCACUAUUCUCCACCAGAGAAAGAAUUUGUCUACACGAAGAGGAACGUUCUUCGCUGUACCGCAACGAUCUUUGAUCCUUUAGGCUUUCUUGCUCCCUUCAUUUUGUUGACAAAGUUAAUGAUGCAAAAAGCGUGGGUUCAAGGAUUGAGUUGGGAUGAGCAUCUCCCCGAGGAACAUCGUCGAACUUGGAAACAAUGGUUUGAAGAGUUGAUCAAAUUAUCUCUCAUUAAAAUUCCACGUUGUCUGAUAAAGAGCGUAGAAGUCGGACAUAUCGAGAUUCACACGUUUUCGGACGCUUCGGAAAGAGCGUAUUCCGCGGUUGUCUAUAUUCGUCAUGAAUAUAAGGACGGUGACGUAUCAGUCCGACUCGUAGCAGCAAAAACACGGUUAGCACCCUUGAAAACUAUAAGCAUCCAUCGGUGAGAUUCAUGAAGAAACCAACCCUGUACAAUGGAAAUACGUCCCGACGUCAUCCAACCCAGCAGAUCACGGUACACGUGGACUCACAGUCACUGAGUUGAAAGAGAAUGAACUUUGGUGGAACCGGCCAGAGUUUCUAAAAGAAUCACGCGACAAGUGGCCCGAAGAGAAGUUUGCAGAACAGAACGCCCAAGUUUUCGCAGAGAUGAAGCCAGAACGCAAGGGUGACGCAGUUUGUUUCAAUGCGACUCAAGAAGACGAAAGAGAAGAAGAAUGGCAUCUGAAACCUUCAAGAUUUUCAAAGUGGUAUCGCCUUUCCUUGACUAAGAGAUUGGAGUUAGGACUGUCGUUAGUGCGGGUUAGAGCUUGGGUCCAUAGAUUCAUUGCGAACUGUCGAAAGUUGAAGAAAGAUCGAGUCAGUGGAGAGUUGACGGCAAACGAAUUACAAGGUGUAGAAGAGAUCAUUAUUCGCGAAGCACAAAUGGAAGUUUAUUGUCAAGAGAUUACUGCACUAAAAGAGAAGAAGAGUCUUCCUAAAAGAAGCAGUAUUUUGAAUUUAACGCCAAUCUGGAAAGAUGGUCUGCUGCGUUCGAAUACGAGGCUUCGAUACUCUGAGGAUUUGAGCGAAGAGAUAAAAUAUCCAAUAAUUUUAUCCAAGAGACAUCCAGUGACGAAACUCAUCGUGAAGUAUCACCACGAAAGCGAAGGGCAUCGAAUGGGCGUAAACUUCACGCUGAAUCAUCUUCGAGAGAUAUACCAUGUCGUUCAUGGCCGAGAAAUGUUAAAGAGAACGGCAAAAGAAUGCACAACGUGCAAACGGCGUUUUACCGGCAAACCAGGCGUGCAACAAAUGGCACCAUUGCCCAAUAUCAGAUUAGAGUUGACGAUGAAACCUUUCACGAACUGUGCAGUUGAUUUCGCAGGACCCUACCUCACAAAGCAAGGACGAGGGAGGACACGAACGAAACGAUAUUUGUGUCUAUUUCUUUGCUUGCAGACCCAUUGUUGCCAAUUAGAAAUGGCAUGGUCGUUGGAAACAGACGGAUUUUUGCAAGCGUUCACCAGAAUGGUAUCGAGACGCGGUUGGCCUCGAACUAUGCUUAGUGACAAUGGUACCAAUUUUGUAGGAGGUCACAACGAGAUUUGUAAACUUGUUGGUGAGAUCGACAAAGAGAAGAUUAAAGCGCAGACGUCCAAUAAAGGGGUAGACUGGCGUUGGAAUCCACCGUUAUCACCGCAUUUUGGAGGCGUAUUCGAACGGAUGAUUCAGUCAGCCAAGAGAGCGAUCCAAGGAAUUUUAACUAACGCAGACGUAAGUGACGAAGAACUAGAGACAGUCAUUGUUGGAGUAGAGAGUCUGAUGAAUUCACGUCCUUUGACUCAUGUUAGCGGAGAUCCAAACGACGAACCAGUGUUAACACCAAACCACUUCUUAAUCGGUCAAUCAGGAGGUGAUGUUGCACCAGAGAGUGUCGACUACACACCGUUUAACCCCAAGAAACGUUGGAGGCGCGUGCAGGAACUUAUUCGCCAGACCUGGAAACGCUGGAUGCAAGAGUACCUUACAAGUCUUGGGUCCCGAUCAAAAUGGUUUAACAAACAAGAUAAUGUGAAGAAAGGAGAUAUAGUAUUAGCUAUCGAUCCAGGAACACCGAGACGACAAUGGAAAUUGGGGAAGAUUGAAGCAGUUUAUCCUGGAAAGGACGGCAAUGCUCGUGUAGUGGAUGUGAGAGAAAAUGAUAAGAUCUACAGACGGUCGAUUGGACGCGUAUCACCACUGGAAUUUUGAAAUCAUGAGAAGACGGAUCGCAAGAAAUCCGGGAGGGGGAGAUGUCGGAGCGAAAACGAACAGUUGACAAACUAACGCCAUUUUGGCGACAUAAAGUACAUUAAUUAGACGGAAGAAAAGGGCGGAAAACACAUGGCCGCGUUGAAGUUGUUAUUUAUCGUUUUUAUUAAAUAUUUGUUUUAAAAAACUAUGAAAUGAGUGAAUGUUUAGUGAACCAGCAUGUAAAUGUAGGUCUCGACUACAAUUGGAGUAGACAUGUGCAAAAAUAUACAACAGUUAUACCAAGCCUAUGUUCCUGUUGGAUCACGUAAGAACUUUCCAAAUUAAUCCUGUUCUUUAAAAGUUAUUUGCAAAAUAAAAUUGGUAUAUUGCCCUUGCACAGGAUUGCCGCGUAGGUCAUUCUAAUUAAGUAAAAUUUCUUCCGUGCAAAACUUUCUUGUACAUUUUUCAUUAGCAGGGAGGGUGAAAUAUUUUCUCCAGACCCUUCUAAGUGUCGAGUUGGGAACUGUUUGAAUUUCAGUUAACUUCAACUAAACCUUCAUUCGUCUAUUGAGCGAUAUGUGUUAAAUGCAUAUAAGCGAUGAAUAAGUAAGAGAAUGUGUUUGCUCAUCCUCCUGAUUUUCAUAUUUAUGUUCUAUAAUACUACUGUACGUUGAAGUCAAUUCUAUAAAUGGUAAUAUAAUAAAAUUGCAACAAACAUAGUCCAUGGUCCGGUUGUUCAAAGCUCGAUUAGCAUUGACCCAGCAUGGGUUAAGUUUUAACCCGCUGUUUUGAGGGUAUUUCUGUAAGACCGUUCAUUUCAAAAGUUUAAAAAAAAACAUCUACUGAUCCAAAAAAGAUUUCUGGAAAACCUAUUUAAUUUUAUAAACAAGCUGUUGGAAAGUUCUAUUUGGACCCAGGGUUAGAACAACCGGCUUUUGAUGACAACUGGCGCCAGAAUAGAAUAUAGAAUGAAGCAAAGUGUGCGCGCGUGCGCGUUUCGGGUUGUGUGUAGGGCUGGGAGAAACUUGGUAACUUGAUUACACCACUCUCGGUUGUCGUACUAACAAGUCUUACACAUUAUAUUCUUGAGGCUUGACAGCAUAAUGAAAUAUUUUUAGACGAAAUUACGAUAUCAUUAUUAUUGUUGACUCAUUUGAGUCUUACCAAUUAUUAAACUUGCCGAAAGAAAAUCAAGAUUUGUAAGGUUGCUGUGGAAAUAAGGUUUUUAAACAAGAACUGAUAUGAUCAUAUAAUAUAAAGGCCUCAAUAUAAUGAAAACUAAAACAUUAUACGUAAUGGUCAACUCUGUGCGUGACCUGUCGUCUUUUGUUGUUGGCAAUGCGCUAGAAUCAAGAUAUUUUCUAUAUUUAUGAUUUCCCGGAAGUUUCAAGUAGUUGUUAGUUUUGAAACUAUUUAACAUUGCUUUUUUAAAACACGAUACUUGUGGCUUUCGUAAGUAUUUAGCGAAUUAUUCUGGCCAACAGUACUUUUGAACAGUUGGGCAGUGCCCAAUUAUUUCCGUUUGCGAAUUAAGCCGAAUUUGAUGGAUAUUGACAGCAUUCUGUUGAAGAAACGCAAACAGAUCCACACGAAAUAACAUAUUAUAUUAUUCAACUAAGUAUUAUAUAACACAACUAUGGUAGUUAGUUGUGGAAAUUUCAAUCCAGAUUCGGGAAUAUCAAAUUCCACUCGACGUGGUGUGUUGGCCGUACAGACAAGGCUGAUCAGACGUGGUUUCGUGUUGUGCAAAGUUUUUAAAUAACUAAUACAUGAAAUCAAGGAUGUUAGUAUUAACGAUAAAUUUCAACCACUUGUUAAAAAAUAUCCAAACGGAAUUGAGAUUGGAAGUCAGAGUUCCGCGUAUGCGGCAACCGAUAGUAGGAAAUGUCGUGUUUAG